UGGGAUAUGAAAUCUCUUGGUUAUUUAAACCUGUCCCACAACUUUCUGGUGAAGUUGCAAGAGCCUUCGAGCAGUCUUCGCUCUGCUGAGUUUCUAUCUGUCUUAGACCUUCACAAAAACAGGCUACAAGGGCAACUACCAGGCUUCCCACCAUUUGCCACAUACAUAGAUUACUCAAGCAACAAUUUCAGCUCUGUUAUUCCAGUCAACAUUGAUGAUUACCUUGAGUUCAUUUACUUCCUCUCUCUUUCCAGCAACCACUUCCAUGGAAGUAUUCCUGAAUCAAUCUGCAAUGCUACAUAUCUUAGGGUCCUUGAUUUGUCGAAUAAUUCUCUGAAUGGCACUAUUCCAGAAUGCUUGACUAGCAUGGAGUCCCUUGGGGUGCUGAACCUUAGGAGAAAUAUCCUCAGUGGCAACAUCCCUGAUGCAUUUUCAAGGAACUGUUGGGCACAAACAAUAGACCUCAAUGGAAAUCACCUAGAAGGAAAGAUUCCAAAAUCUCUGGCCAACUGCACAGCACUGGAGGUUUUAGACCUCGGGAACAACCAGAUCAGUGAUAAUUUCCCAUGCCAUUUGAAGAAAGUAUCCAGUUUGCGAGUCCUGGUUUUGAGAUCCAACAACUUUAGUGGGCAUAUUGGUUGUCCAAAUGACAAUUCCUCCUGGCAGAUGCUUCAAAUUGUCGAUCUUGCUUCUAAUAAUUUUAGUGGUGAACUACCAAAUCAAUGCUUAAAAUCCUGGAAAGCAAUGAUGGUUGAUGAAGAUGAGCUCCAACACCUUCGUUUUGAGGUCCUGUCUCUCAAUUCAUUCUAUUAUCAAGAUGCAAUAACAGUUACCAUGAAAGGUCUAGAGAUUCGACUGGUGAAAAUCCUCACCAUCUUCACUUCCAUUGAUCUUUCAUGCAACAACCUUCAAGGGACAGUUCCAGAAGUUAUGGGAGAACUCAGAGCACUCUAUAUCCUUAACCUGUCACAUAAUGCCCUAACGGGACCAAUCCCAACAUCUUUCGGAAACCUGAGCCAGCUUGAGUCCUUGGACCUCUCAUGCAACAACCUGAAUGGUGAGAUUCCUCAGCAGCUGUCACAACUGAAUUUCCUUUCGGUCCUCAACAUCUCAAACAAUCAACUGGUUGGAAAAAUUCCAAUAUCACAGCAGUUUCAAACAUUCUCAAAUGAUUCCUUUGAAGGCAACAAGGGACUUUGCGGGUUUCCUUUGACAACAAAGUGUCCAAGCAAUGACAAUAACACAGAGUCAAGAUCUCAGCUGGUGUCAAACCGGAAAAAUGAACUCGAUUGGCAGUUCGUAUUAACUGGACUGAGUUUUGGUAUGGGAGCAGCAGUAGUAGUUGCACCUCUGAUAUUCUGCAAGAAAGCAAGUAAAUGGGUUGAUGACAGUGUUGAUAAAAUCCUUCUGGUGAUCCUCCCAAUUGUGGGUUUGAGUUACAACAGAUACCAUGAUUCAAACACUGAGACAGAGGAAAAUGGUGAAGACAAUACAGAGACAUCGGAGAAUGAUGAUGAAGAAGCUGAAGAGAAAGCCGAGGAAUUCCUGGGAAGAUACUGCGUAUUCUGUUCCAAAAUCGACAUCGUGAAGAAAAAGGUAGUUCAUGACCCUAACUGUACCUGCCAUGAUUCCCCACCAACAUCUUUUUCUUCAUCUACUUCAUCUUCAUUUUCUUCCUAGGUCCUUGUUCUCCCUUUUUUUUGUCUUGCUUUUGUUCUUCUUUCUUUGUACAUAAAUGCAGAAAGAUUCAACCUUGGCUUGGAGAGGGGUUUAUGAGAACACAAGAUAACAUGUAAUUUUGUAUCUUUGGCAAUUCAUGAAUAGCAAUCAAAAUUACUCAAUUUGUCGGUUAUUGACCCCCAGAAGUUCUCGUUCAGGCAUUUCGUCGAACAAGUGGAGCCCCCAAAAACCCAGUAGAAAAUUCAGCCAAAUACACAACGUUUGGAAAU